AUGCACUUGGUCGAAAGCCUACGAGACAAAGUUUCGAAGGGAACGCCAAUCUUGACAAAAGAUGACAAUGAAUUUACUGAUGCCCACGUACGCUGGACCAAUAUUGAUCGCAAAACACCGGCGGUGAUUGUACAGCCUCUAAGCGAAGAUGAUGUUGUUGCCGUGGUAAGGAACCUCAGACCUUGUCUCUAUAAGGUCAAAGUUGCUUGUGCCGCAAACGUUCCAUUUGUGCCCGCAUCUGGUGGGCACAGCGAGUGGUCGACCGUCGAAGAUGGCAUCAUCAUUGACCUAUCCAAGUACAAACAAGUGUCUGUCGAUGCAGACCAGCGUACAGUCACGGUGCGUGGUGGAGUCCUGAUGAAAGAGCUCCAAAUCGCUCUCAGCGAACAAGGUCAAUUUACAGCCAUCGCCAAUGGCAACACAGUGGGCGUCAUCCCGUAUGUCAUUGGCGGUGGCAUAUCCUCCUACUCUCCUAUUGUUGGCUACGCCUGCGAGAAUCUCCUCUCGGCAACUCUCGUCACCUCUACCGGCACACUCACCACCUGCAGCUCAUCCCAAAACCCCGCUCUUCUCUGGGCCCUCCGAGGCGCCGGCCAAUUCUUUGGCAUCACAACUUCCAUAACCCUCCGAAUCUACCCCCUCAGCCUGAUCCACCCCUCUCCUCCGGGCAUCCGCCAAAUCGGCGUGGUCUUCUUCCCGCCCCCGCGCGCAGCCGAAGUCUGCCAAACCCUCAAAAACAUCGUCGGUGAUUCCCCAGGCGAGAAUCCUGACAAGCACAUCUCAUCCGGCCAUUUCAUGAGCAUGCACAAUCCCGAUUUCGGCGGACAAGUGCUGAUGGUAGCACCACAAUACUUCGGCACGGGGCCAGAACUGCAGAAGACAUUCCAACCCAUCAUCGACCUCGAACCCCUCCAUCACCAACAUGGGCCUAGCAACUUCGAAGAGCACAGCGAUCACCUGGGCUGGAUGUGUCCGAAGGGGGAGUACAAACGGUUUAGCCAGACAGGGCUGGUGGGAAUAAAUCCCGCGAAUUUUGCGAGACUGGUGGAUCUGCACAGGGAGUUGCUGGAAACAAUACCGGGGACCGAGAGAUCGGUAUUCACAAUUGAAUGGCAUACCUCUACCCCGAAAACGGGGGCGAGGGAGACAGAAACGGCGUUUGGGAUGAAGGGGGUGGAGAUAUGGCUGAACAUCCUAACAUGGUACACGGACCCCGGCUAUCACGCUCAAGUCCUGCAAUUCGACAACAGAGCGCAGGAGAUAAUGCGCGCUGAUACGAGGGAGGACGCAUACAUAGCGUAUACGAAUACGAGUCGAAAUGAUCCAGUGGAAUGGCGAUAUAAAGACCCGAAGGCGGUAGAGAAGCUAAGGGCGUUGAAGAGGGAGUGGGAUCCUGAUGGAUGUUUUACGAAGGAGUUCUUGUGA